CGCUCUGCCUGUUUUGUCUUUAAUUAGAUCCGUAAGAUGAAGAUGCCCGGUCGUGAUAACAAAGUCGCGGUUGUCGUGGGAACAGUCACUGAUGACAUCAGGAUUCAGGAUAUCCCCAAGCUCAAGAUCUGCGCUCUCAAGGUUACCGACCGCGCCCGCCGCAGGAUCGUGAAGGCCGGAGGUCAGGUGAUGACAUUUGACCAGCUGGCUUUGAGUUCUCCCAAAGGACAUGGGACAGUGCUGCUGUCAGGGCCCCGUAAAGGCAGAGAGGUGUACAGGCACUUUGGAAAAGCUCCUGGAACCCCUCACAGCCACACCAAGCCCUACGUCCGCUCCAAGGGCAGGAAGUUCGAGAGAGCCCGCGGUCGCAGAUCCAGCCGUGCUUACAAGAACUAGUCUCGUUUUUGUUUUUCAUGCAGUCUGACAAAUAAAAAGAUGAUUGGCUGUCCAAAAAC